CCAGUUAAUCAUAGCCUGGACUUGCAACCGGUUACUUACUCGGAGCCUGCGUUUUGGUGUUCAAUAGCAUAUUACGAAUUGAAUCAAAGAGUGGGAGAAACCUUCCAUGCAUCACAGCCUUCCCUGACCGUAGAUGGCUUUACAGAUCCAUCAAAUUCAGAACGAUUUUGCCUAGGUCUGCUGUCUAAUGUAAACAGAAAUGCUACAGUGGAAAUGACAAGGCGACACAUAGGAAGGGGAGUACGUCUCUAUUACAUCGGUGGAGAAGUUUUUGCUGAGUGCCUAAGUGAUAGCGCGAUUUUUGUUCAGAGCCCCAACUGUAAUCAAAGAUAUGGCUGGCAUCCUGCAACCGUGUGCAAAAUUCCACCAGGAUGCAAUCUAAAAAUCUUUAAUAACCAAGAAUUUGCUGCUCUUCUGGCUCAAUCUGUGAAUCAGGGUUUUGAAGCAGUUUAUCAGCUUACUAGAAUGUGUACCAUAAGAAUGAGCUUUGUUAAAGGAUGGGGAGCUGAAUACAGGCGGCAAACAGUAACAAGCACUCCUUGCUGGAUUGAACUUCAUCUGAACGGACCUCUACAGUGGUUGGACAAAGUAUUGACUCAGAUGGGCUCCCCUUCAGUACGCUGCUCCAGCAUGUCGUAAACCUCCUUCCUCCGUUACCAGUGGGCUAAAUACAGAGUCCAAUCAACAGACUUAAUAUAACAGCGCGUCUGUCGUAGUAUUUGUGUGUGGUCCCCAUGAACUGUUUACUAUCCGAAAAGGUUUUUAAAAAAAAAAAGAUGGAAAAAAAAAAAGAAAAACAGCACUUGAGGUCUCAUCAAUUAAAGCACCUUGUGGAUUCUGUUUCCUAUACUCUGAUACUAGAUGAAAAUUUAGUGUAUAGAAAUGCCUUCUUCAGAAAGAAGGGACAGUUCUAAAGACUCUUAAUGGUGUUUUUAUUGGGUAUAUAAUUGAGUGUCCUAAUGGUUUAUCAAUAACAUGAAUAGCUAAGUAUAUGUACAGGUAAUGUAUCAUGAUCUCAGAUAUCACAGUAUUGUGCUGUUCUUCAUUUUAGUUCCCAUACAUAGUUGUUUGUUUUUUAAUUGGGGCAAAUCUCUCAUAAAUUUCAAGACUCUCCUCCUUUAUUAUUUUCUAUUUUUCAUAUAAGCAGGUUUUCAAGUUGUCCUAAACAUGAAAAGCAGACUUUCCUUGUAGAAAAGCUUAACUUUUUGCUGCCUUCUUAAAGAAAAAAAAAAUCCCUCCAUUGGAAGGAAAAGAAAUGUCUUGAGAUUCAUCUGUGAAAUCUUAAGACACUUUAUAUGCUUAAUGGGGCCUAAAAUGAAUUCAUAUUAUAAAUUCUGAGUAUCCAUCACACUAGGAGUCUACUUUUCCCUACCCAUCUGAGCUGAUGUAUCUGUUGCCAGCAGUGUUGCUGGCACUAGUGUAAUUUGGGAUUUUUUUUUUUACCUGGAAUCAUUGAAAUUGGUGGUUUUUCUCAUGGAAUGAGAAUUUACCAUAGCAUUGGAUACUGGUUUAAACCAGUACAUGAGGUUAUUGGCUUACCCUUUACAUCUGUACUUUUCUUAAUUAAACGGAUGUCACUAAAAAAUGGGGUUUUUUUAGUUUGUGGAGCCAAAUACCUUGGAAAAUCCUUUCCCAGGGUAAACUAGACUCUUUCGUAUAGGUUUUAAAUAGAUGCAGCUUCUUAACGUAUUUCAGUAACAGAAUGUAAAUUUCUGAUCUUGAGUGGCUUUGUACAGCUCAUGUACCAGAUCGUACGCAUUCAUUAUGUCAUUAACGGGCCUUGUUAUUAAAAGUAGUUGCUUCUGCAAAACCUCUAGGAUAGUGGUUGCUGAGGUAUGACCAGCGAAGGAGGACUUCUAGGUUCUUCAUGACAGUGCAUGUUAUUGUGAACCGUUGGACACUACAGCUGCACCAUAUUAAAAAUAUUUCUGAAGUAUAUUCUACAAAUAAGUCUGGGUUGGGGAAGGGUUGGGAAACUGUAUAGGAGGGUUAUUCUGACUUGAAAAAUAUACAUCUUACUAACAAUCUUGUGAUCUAGCUGUCUGUCAUUCUUCUGUUAUCGUGGCAGUAGCAGGAUUGCCUUUGUUGUUCCCAUUGUUUCAUCCAUUACACUAGCACUGUACUUUGUAAGUACUGCUAGUGAUAACUUAGCUUUGAGAACAAAAAUGUGGCCAGUGUUACAGCUUUUAAUCAGUCGACUGAAUUGAUGAUAGCGGUGGAUAUUUUUAUGCCAUAAUGGCUAGGUUAUAGGAGCAAUACCAAAAAUCAAGCCUUGAAAAUGUGGGCCAGACACCUUAAAAAGAAAAUAAUAAAUUGGCAAAGCAGUUACCAGUUUGUGCUAGUUUUACCAGUAGACUAAUGUAUUGGUAGAACUUGUGAACCUAAGAGAUAAGCUUCAUGCGUGUUGCAUUUGCCUAAUAUGUGAAUACACUAAUAAAAGUUUUAAUUCUCA